CGUCUGUUUUCUCUUGCGCAUGCUCCCCUGUUUCCGGACCGUUCAAAUGAUUCAUGUGUGGACUUAAUUGUAGUUUCUUUUCAUUCAUAAAAGCGGACAGAACCCCAAAAUGUCUGUUCAACCAUCGAACCCCAACAACCCGAUUGUCUUCUUCGACAUCACCAUAGGAGGGCAGGAUGUCGGCCGGAUGAAGAUCGAGCUGUUUGCUGAUAUGGUCCCAAAGACCGCUGAGAACUUCCGGCAGUUCUGCACAGGAGAGUUCAGGAAGGAUGGCGUUCCCAUUGGUUACAAAGGCUGCACGUUCCACAGGGUGAUAAAAGACUUCAUGAUUCAAGGAGGAGAUUUCGUAAAUGGGGAUGGUACUGGUAUCUGCAGCAUCUACAGAGGUCCCUUUGCAGAUGAAAACUUCAAAAUGAAGCAUUCUGCUCCUGGACUGCUAUCUAUGGCAAACAGUGGACCAGGGACAAAUGGUUGCCAGUUUUUCAUUACCUGCACUAAGUGUGACUGGUUAGAUGGGAAGCAUGUUGUUUUUGGAAAAGUGGUGGAUGGACUUCUGAUCAUGAGGAAAAUUGAGAAUGUGCCCACUGGACCGAACAACAAACCAAAACUGCCCAUCCUCAUCGCUCAAUGUGGAGAAAUGUGAUCCGACCUGCUCCAUUUAAUCACACGAGCACAGGGCAACGGAAACAUUCACUUGUGUCGUUGCUCCCGUGAACGCCUUCACUGUACAGGUUGAGUCACAGCUAUGAUCUUGGUUUAGGCUUUCCGGGGGGAAACUGCUCACAUCAUUGUAGUUUUCGGGACUGUCACUCAGUGUUUGAUUUUAGAAUAAAGUUUGUGAGGCUUGAUUUUUUGUUUUGUUUUUUUU